AUGGACGACGACUCCGCUCCUCGGAAGACCCUAAUCCCCGGCUAUCGACAUGUCGAAUCCUUUGGACCAGAUGAGGAGUACGAGAGCGGCGAGGAAGAGGUGGAGUACGUGACGCUCGACCUAGGCACGGUCGAACCGACGCUCGUCCCGAGCAGUUCGACGUACCGUCUCAUAGGACUGGACACGCCUACUCCAUUUCUGCAAUUGAGCGGGACCGUUUUCAAGGGGGAGCAUCGCGAACUGCUCGGGACAGAGCUUAUCUUCAAGGAUGGGGAAGGUAGGGGAUAG